ACAGCCCCCUGCCCUUAUGUGCGCAUGUCCCACGACACGUGCGUCUGCUUGUAUUGGACGCACCGAGGGUUGUGUUACUCUGAAAACCGCAUAACUUGUAGACUAUUAAGUUCAGCUGAGUCUGUUUGGAGAGUCAGUUUCUAUUUUUUAAAUGGGAGGUACUGUGAAGAAAAAGUAUGAGAGGGGCUCUGUCACCAACUACAUCACCAGAAACAAAGCUCGUAAGAAGUUACAGUUGAGCCUCCCGGACUUCAGGCGACUGUGCAUCCUUAAGGGCAUCUACCCUCGGGAGCCCAAAAACAAGAAAAAGGUGAACAAGGGAUCUACAGCUCCGAGGACUUUCUACCUGCUCAAAGACAUCCGCUUUCUGCUGCAUGAGCCAAUUGUUCGCAAGUUCAGAGAAUACAAGAUAUUUGUACGCAAACUGAAAAGGGCUUAUGGAAGAACAGAAUAUAGCGCUGUGGAGAGACUGAAGGAGAACAAGCCAGCCUACAAAUUGGACCACAUCGUCAAGGAAAGAUAUCCCUCCUUUAUUGAUGCUCUCCGUGACAUCGACGAUGCACUCUGCAUGUGCUUCCUCUUUUCCACCUUCGCCCGGACAGGAAAAUGCCACGUACAGACAAUCCAGCUGUGCAGACGCCUCACCGUCGAAUGGAUGAACUAUGUGAUUGCAUCCCGUUCUCUCAGAAAGGUUUUUAUCUCCAUCAAGGGAAUAUAUUACCAAGCUGAGGUGAUGGGACAGCUCAUUACAUGGCUGGUGCCAUAUCAGUUCUCCCAUGAUCACCCAACCGAUGUUGACUACAGAGUAAUGGCAACGUUCACAGAGCUGUAUACCACUCUGUUGGGCUUCGUCAACUUCAGGCUCUACCAUUCCCUCAACCUGCUCUACCCACCGAAGUUGGAUGUAAAAUCUGAGUCGGAGCUGAAGGGAGAGGAUGAUGACGACUACGCCAUGACUUCAGAGAGCUACCUCGAGAAACUGUCCUCCUUGAGUACCACCCUGGCACAGGUUGUUUCCUCCACAGAGGAAGAGGAGGCUGAACUUGACAAGUUUCCAGUCGAAGAGGAGGAUGUGGCAAAGAUCGAGGCCAGGGAAGAGGAACGGAAACAACAGGAAAUUGAGAAAAAGCUUUUUGAGGGGCUUAAGAUCUUCCUCAACAGAGAAGUGCCCCGAGAGUCGCUGGCUUUUCUCAUCAGGUGUUUCGGUGGCGAAGUGUCCUGGGACAAGUCUGUUUGCAUCGGCAGCACAUACGAUGUGACAGAUGAGACCAUCACGCAUCAAAUUGUUGACAGACCCCACAUUGACAAACAGUAUAUCAACAGGUACUACAUUCAGCCACAGUGGGUGUAUGAUUGUGUCAAUGCCAAAAUCCUUCUGCCUGUGGAAGACUACUUUCUUGGAGUGACUCUGCCGCCCCACCUCUCUCCCUUUGUGGAGGAGAAAGAUGGAGACUAUGUGCCCCCUGAGAAACUGAAGAUCAUGGCCUUGCAGCGAGGAGAAAAACCUGUCCCUGCCACUGAAGAGGAGGAGGUAGAGGAAGACGACAGUGAAGAGGAGGAAGACGACGACGAUGAUGAUGAUGAUGAUGACGACAACGAGGUUGAGGAGAAGACUCUGAAGAAGAUGGAAGAACAAAGAUCCCUUGGCAAGUCUCUGCCGGUCAAGGUGACAGCUGGUAAAGUGAAGGUAGACAACCCAGAACGCUUGGAGCAGGAGGAGAAAGCAGAAGAGAAACGUCUGGCCAUCAUGAUGAUGAAGAAAAAGGAAAAGUACCUUUACGAUAAGAUCAUGUUUGGAAAGAAGAGAAAAAUCCGAGAGGCUAACAAGCUGGCUGCCAAGAGGAAGGCCCAUGAUGACGCUGAAAAAUCAAGCAAGAAAAAGACCAGGAAAUGACUCAUCUGAUGAUGUGUUUGACAAACUGUAUUAUGUUCUUGAGGAUUACAGCUUAAUAUGUCCUAGAACCUGUAAGAGAGCUCUGCGUGCAAGUUCCAUGCAUCAUUUGCGUAGUUUCAACCUGAAAUGCAGAAUAUGUAAUUAUUAAUGUAAAAGUGACUAACUUUGUUGUUUGUAUGAACUAUUCUACAUUACACAAGAUAUUUCCUACAUUUUAUUGAAUAAUCUGUUCUUGAAACUAUUAAAGUAAAACCACAAAG